AUGGCCAGACUGGCAGAUACGCUCACUGAAGAAGGUUUCAAUGUGGUCGGUCGAGAUUCGGACGUAAAAUAAUCAGAUCUCUUCGUUUUCAGACAUUUCUAGUUCCGAUUGCAAUCGAGGACAGAAGAGAUAAACUGGGAGUGAAGAGCACAAAAGAUGUGAUCAUUGUGGAGCAAGACGAGCAGAUGAAAAGGGAACUGAAGCCCAGCAGCGGCAGCAUCGAGUUCCUCUGGAUCAUCGAAAUGGAUUCGUCCAGCAUUGAUACAGUACGUAGUGUCCAGUCAUUCCUUUUCCUUUCAUCUUUCUUUUUUCAGAUGAUAAACAACAGACAUACCCCCCAAGAGUUAUAUUAAUAAGAAUGAUUGUUCAGAUGUUCUCCUGGUACAAUGACAUCAUGGCCUUGACGUGUCAAAACUUCAUGAGGAACAAAGAAGUGCUCGCCGAGCUCAAGUCUCGGCACUUUGACGUGGCAAUCGCAGAGCCGUUCACAAUUUGCGGACUGGGAAUUUUCGAGGAAUUGAAGAUUCAGAAGACUAUUCUGGUUUCCUCUUGUACACAUUACGAUUUUAUGCUCCCGCACAUCGGAGAGCCGGAGGAUUUCAGCUCAGUUCCAAGUGAGCCGAUUGAUUUCGAAUGCUCAACACUUAAUUUGAAUUUCAGCCCUUUCGAGUAAAGUCGGAGAGGAAAUGAGCAUGGCUGAGAAGUGGGAGAACUACCGGCUGGUCGAGGAGACGAAGAAGAGCCUCGCGAAACUGUUCGAUGCGGAAACGAGCACGUACCGAAAGGCAUUCGGGCAGAACGUGCCGAACUGGAAGGAUCUUAUGGCCUCCGCUUCUCUCUACUUCACAAAUUCGAAUCCUUUUAUUGAUUAUCCACGGGCUUCCAUCCAGAAAACCAUUCCAAUCGGAGGUAUCACAGUCGAUUUGGAGAAAAUUAGAGCGGAGAAACUGGACGAACAAUGGGAAAAAGUGCUGAACGAAAGAGAGAAGUCGAUGCUCAUCUCGUUCGGAUCCAAUGUUCCAUCCGCGAAAAUGCCCUCUGCAUGGAAGUAAGUUGACCAUUUAUUGAACGAAUAUAAUCAAUCACUACAGAUCUGGAAUCCUGAACACAAUCAAAGCGAUGCCAAAUGUGACUUUCAUCUGGAAAUACGAAUCGGAUGACGUGGCGUUCGCCGAUGGAAUCCCGAACAUCCACUUUUCCAAAUGGGUCCCCCAGACCGCCCUUCUGGGAGACCGUCGGUUGAGUGCCUUUCUGACGCACGGAGGUCUCGGCAGCACGAACGAACUCGCUUAUUGUGGGAAGCCCGCAGUGAUGGUCCCAAUCUAUGGGGACCAGACGAGAAAUGCGAACAUGCUUGCGAGACACGGAUCCGUGAUUGUGCUGCACAAGAAGGAUUUGGCCGAUGCGCAACGAGUUCAAUCCGCCGUUCAUUCUGUUAUUUUCGAGGAAAAGUACACGAGAAACGCGGAGAGAAUUGGAAAAAUGCUUGCGAAUCAGCCGAUGAAACCGAAGGAGACUUUGGUGAAAUACACAGAAUUCGUGGCAAAGUGAGUGACGAACACGAAAGAGUGGAAAAAUCGGACAUUUUCAGAUACGGUCCCUUCCCUCAGAUGGAUCCCCACGGCCGCAAAUUGCACUUCUUCCAGAAGACGUUCCUCGACAUUUACACUUUUAUUUUCUCCGUUUUCGUUGUCACCGCUCUGGCCUUUUACAUUCUGGUCAAAUUCAUUUUUUGUUUUGUUAAAGUCAAAUCUGAUUAG